AGUCCCGCCCGCGUCCGGUCUCCCUCCUGUCCUGCGCGGCACCGCCUCCGUGUGGGGAAAGAUGGCGGCGCCCGAGGCGGCGUGGAACCGGGUGGAGGUGCCGUGGCCGGCGAGCAGCGCCACGGUGGCCCUGACGGCUGAGCACCCUGCAGUGAGGUGUCUGCCGGCGCUGCGGCGGCUGUGCGCCAUGGCCCGGAAGCGGCUGUCGGGGACGGGCCUGGCCGUCGAGGAACGCGUGCUGCGGGCCGUGCUCUACGUCUACCACAGCAGGCUGCUCCGGCACCGGCCGUACCUGGCCCUGCAGCAGGUAGAGCAAUGCUUGAAGCGCCUAUGGAAAAUGAACUUGGUGGGCUGCAUUGAAACCCUGGCAGAACUUAUUCCCAAGAAAAAUACAUCCCAAGGCCAUGCAGAGUGCUUAGUUCCCAGCCAGCCUAUACUGGAAACAGUGGCUCUGAAGGUAUUGGGAGGCUGCAAGCUCAUAAUGCGCCUGCUGGACUGUUGCUGUAAAGCUUUUCUCUUGUCCAUUAAACAUCUCUGCUCAGAAGAAUUCAUACUUUUAAACACUGUGGCUUCAGGGAUGUUGAGCCGGCUAUGGAUUCAGUACAGGUGUGUGUUGCAGAGCCUUGUGUCCUUGUAUGGCGUGUUAUCAAUAUCGCUUCAUCUGGUAUCUGAGACCCAACAGAUGCCUUACAUCAGGGGUUUUACCUUCCCGUCUGAUAUUUGUAACUUCCUUGGAGUUAAUGUUUCUUCUGAGAUGAAGAAGCAAAAGGCUAGAAUGCUUACAACAAAGAAACCUACCAGCUGGAUGAAGAAGUUCUUCCCAGCAAUGCCAGAGGCAGUGUCAGACGUUGGGAAAAAGAGAAGUUCUGCAACCUGCAGGAGUGCUGUGAAAAACUGUAGCAUCCCAUGCCUCAUGGACAUUGGAGAGCCAGUUCUGGUGACUGGAGCCAGCAGAGGGAAGCACCUGGGGCUUCAUGUGAAGAGCUUACUUAGACCAUCCAGACCUCCAGCACAAGAGCGUAUAAGCAUUGCAUCAACACCUUUCAAAGCAAAGUCGGCAUCACUUUCCUCUCGUAUAGCAAAACUGGAGCAUGCUGGGUUUCUUGUACAGUUGGUCCAAAGAGCUACAUCGUUUGGUGAACUGUCAGAGGCACUCAGAAAAGUUAUUCUGUGGUGCAAGGGCAACAAAUUCAAGCCAGAAGCUUAUUUUCUGCGUAACAAGUUGUUGAAAAGCACCCGGCUGCACCAUGUGGAGGCUCAAGGAUGCAGCUUGAAGAAAAAACUGUGCUGUGUCAAAACAUCUGUCCGUAAAUACCUCCUGUACGGGUCACAGAAGGCAUGCUGGCCAAAGCAGCACCUCCAGGCACGGUUCUGUCAAAGGAGGUUCAAAUCAUCCACAUGUUUGAAGAGAACUCUGAAGACUGUUUGGCAAAAACCUCCUGAGCUUGCUGGAGUCUGUGAGCACAGUGCAUCACCCAUUCUCCCAGUUUACCAGGAUGGGCCUCAGAGUCAGGCAGGAUGUUCCAGUGCUGACAGAGGCCGUGUCAAACUAAGCACAGCAGAGACCCCUAAGCGGCUGCUGCUAGAAGGAAGCCCUGGCCCUGUGUGGAAAGAAGGUACUGAGAACAUGGAUAUUGAUUCUAUUUUUGCAGCAAUAGGUGUCUGAUGGUGGAUAUGCAAGGAGGAAAAGGGUCAAGUCAUUCCGAUUAUGUAUAUUUUUAAGUAAAACAAUCAGAAUCCUAAUGGUGUCUUGGUAACUCACACUCUGAAUUCUGCUAAGGAAGUGGCAACUGGUUUAUUAGAGUUUUGUAAAACAGCUGUUUGG